CAGUAGUUUCCGACGUAGUCGCGUGUAACUUCGUAACACCGGCACGUUCAGUGUUUUUUAGUGAACAGUUUUUUCAGUACUUUUCUGUUCAGUUAAAGGAUUAGUUAACGGAUUUUUUUAACAUUUUCGUUAUUUAUAUUGGUGUGCUGUGUGGCAGUUAAUUGACCAAAAUGAAGAUCACGUUGCUGGCGAUUUUGUUUGCAGUUUUUUUAACAGUGAGUGCAAAGCCUCAAAACAACGAUCCAUCGGUCUUAACCGGAGAAGAGGAAUACGGUCUUCUAGAUGAUCCUACUCAAGCUGACGCUGAUACCUACGAUGAUAAUUACUCGGAUAACAGUGAUGAUUCAGAUAAUGCAGAUGAUAGCGUAAUCGAAGAAAAAACGCCGCAAAUCCUAACGAAGGCCAAUGAAAUUAUAGCCACACCUGGACAAGAAGUAGUUUUUCCUUGUGAAAUUAAAGAUCUUGGAAACUAUGUUAGAGUAUGGAACAAGGAUAGUUCUAACGUUCUUUACCAAGGUGGAAUCCAGUUGAAUAGAAAUGAAAAUAUAAAACUGACAUCUGAUGAGUCCUUGCACAUACGAAAUGUAAGCGAAAAAGAUGUUGGCAACUACACCUGCGAAAUUCUCAUUACCAACAAUAAGAAAAUCAGUGUAACACACAUAUUGAGACUCCCAACAGCACCAAAAAUCAUCAGCUUGAAAGCUGAAAACGAUAGAACAACGUUCUCAAAAGGAGAGACUUUGAAAUUGACUUGUUUGACCUCUGGCUUGCCAAAACCAGUAAUCAGUUGGCACAAAGAAACAAACAGGUUGGAAAUAACUGGAGAUACUUUGAUUAUCGAAAAUUUGAAAGCUAAGGAUGGCGGAUUAUAUCGUUGUUUAGCUGACAAUAAAAACCCAUCACCUGCUCAUCAAUCAAUUGAAAUUGAGGUUGAAACCGAGCCAAUUGUGACCAUCGAAAAAUACGCAGUUAACACCGACAAAAAUAAAGACAUCGAACUAAAAUGUACCGUUCAUGGGGUACCAGCACCAGUGACCAACUGGCAAAAAGACGGCAUGAACCUUGUCAGUACCGAGCACCACGCGCUGAAAAACAAAGGCAAACACCACAUGCUUAUCAUCAAUAAUGUACAAGACGACGAUUUCGGUAGCUACACUUGCACAGCCAAAAACAGCGUCGGCAGGGUGUUCAAGAACAUUACCAUCGUUAAAGAACCAGCGGUUUUGCAUGGCAUCAAGUCGGAGAGGAUGGGAAAAGACUUCCUUUUGACUUUUAAAGUGGAAUCCAACCAGCCCAUCACUGAACACGAUCUUCAGUUCAAAAAGAAAGGGGAAUCUGAAUGGAAGAGCGUGAAACCAGAAGUCACUCCAGCCGAUAAAGAUAACAUCUACACCAUUAAACAAACCUUGCAAAACCUGGAAGGCGGCACAUACGAAACCAGAGUAAGAUCGCACAACACUCACGGUUGGUCCCAGUGGUCCAACAUUGCUGAAUUUACACAUGCUGCUAAACACCAUAACAAGCACAAAACAAAACACCAGAAAGAAAAAGAACCAAAAGAAUACACACCAGAAAAUCCAGCACAAGAAAUCUUGCACAAAGAAUCAUCAGUAGGAGCUUCUACAACAGGGGGCAGUUCAACAAUUUCCUCUUCUAUCCUUUUGACAAGUAUAGCGUUGUUGAGCAUUGUGUACAGUAAGAAGUGAGGCCAAAAAUCAAGCAAGUUCUGAAAAAUCUUCCAUAUAAUUGGGUAGCUUCAAGAAAAACCAAAGUAUUGAUAAUGUUUAAUUUAACAUUGUUUAAAAAAUCGUUUUAAGUUUUGUACAUAACUGUCAUAAUUGCAUUACGUUCAAAUUCACUGAAAUUUUGCAGAUUUUGCAAAUUAUAAUUUCUGUGAUUGUAGUUGUUAAAAAUGAAAGACUAAUUUUUUGAUUCUUGAACUAAUACGGGACAAUCUUAAAGAUGCCAUAGACUAUUUAGACGAUUAGUUAUUAUUUAAGUAAGUGGAGUGUAGAAUCAAGAAAUUGGCCUUAUAAACUUAAUAAUUUAAUUUAAAAUUAUAUAAUGCAUCAUGCUAUUUUAAUUCUUCAAUGGAAUUAAUUUAGUUUGUCAUGUGCCAUGCAGGCUCGGAAUUAAUUCAUUUAAUUUUUUUUAAAGAAUGGCGAUUAAUGUUGUAUAAAGGGGCGAUUUUAAAUAUCUAUUCUAGUUACCUUAAUAAUUUAAUUUUUAUUUGUUCACAUAUAUGUUUGGUCAGUAUUUUCUUUUUUCAUAUUCUAUUUUUGUAAACGCUAAUGAAUUGUUAAUUAUAAAUUAAUUAUCAAAAUUGUAGGAGUCUCUAGUCUGUAUUUGUUUAUUUUACAUACCUAAUUAUAAAUCCGUCAUUAAAACCUAGACUUAUCGUUAGGUAAACUUUUUUAUUUUAGAAAAUAGUUUUAUAAUUUUGGAAAACAGACUGUUAUAAAACCAUCGUUAAAGUUUUCCAAAGUUAUUCGUUUAGUUUAUAGCAAUUAUAACUGUUAGUUUUAGAUAUCAGUGUAUAUAUUUUGUUUAUUAUUUUUGUGUGAAGUAUUUAUAUUUUAUUACCUUUCAGUUUAUGUAAAUGUACCACAAUGCCUAACUUGAUCAGUUCCCUAUAAUAAGUAAAUGUUUUCUAUUUGCAAAAAUUAUGAACAUAGUAAAAAAUUUUAGAUAAAAAUAUCCAAAUUUUAAGGGUGCAGUGAGAGGUGUAGAAAAAUUUAUUUUUUUACGGUAUUAUUGUUAAGUAAAGAGUGAACACAUCUUCAAUCAAGGGUUAUAAAUUGUUUUUUAUUUAACACAUAAUACCAACUUUCACAAAUAUCUUUAUUUUUCAAUAUUCGAACUGACUAUCCUAACAUGCCUUAUUUAAGCGAAUAUGUUUAAAAUUUAAAAAAAUUAUUAAUGCUUAUUAAAUUUCCAAUUUUAUAAAGAAUUCUUAAAUGUAAACUUAAUUAACUUAUACCUUUAUCGUUGGUCUGUAAUCAAUGCCUUUAUAAUAUAAUGUAAUAUCCAAUUUAACUUAAUUGUAAUAUAAUGACCAAUACUUAUUCAAUAUUUUAAAACAAAAUCAUAUCACCAUUAGUGGUUCAUAUACAAUGAAAACAAGGUAAUCUAAAGUUAAAAUAAAAAUAUCAAUUUUUAAGGUUCUUUAUACAUAUAAAUAAAUAUCUAGCAAAGUACCUAAUAUUUAAUUCUUCUUUGUAAAAUUUGAA